AUUUCCUACUCUCUCACUCAAACUCGAACACACUAAACCACAACAACAAAGCUUGCCCUGUUUUCCAACUUGAAAAGAAAAAACAAGAACAAGAAAAUGGGUUUGAAAAAGAUUGAGUUGGGUGUAGCCUUGGUCCUCCUCAUGGCAAUUCUCUUGGGUAGGGCCACAGCUCAAUCGAGUUGCUCGAGCUCUCUCAUGAGUUUGGCCCCAUGCCUUAACUACAUAACUGGAAACUCCUCGUCCAACCCAUCCUCCUCUUGCUGCUCAAGCCUCACUAGCGUCGUUCAAUCGUCACCCCAGUGCCUCUGCUCAGUGCUAAACGGUGGUGCGACGUCGUUUGGUAUCACAGUCAACCGAACUCUCGCUCUUUCCCUCCCAGGCGCAUGUAAAGUCAACACUCCACCCCUUAGCCAGUGUAACGCUGCUAAUUCACCAACCGGCUCAGCAAUCCCACCUGCAACAUCUCCAUCUGCAGCAGACUCUCCCAAUACUAACACACCUGAUGCUUCUAUUACUCCUUCUGCCUCAGACAUUCCUUCAGGAGUUGGAGGAGGGUCAAAGUCAACGGACGGUAUUAACACAUCUGGAUCUGGUGGCACCGGUAUCAAAGCGACACUAAAUUUCGUGCUCUUCUUAGUAUUCAUUGUCUCGUGUUCUUCAAACUAUUCUAGUUUUUUCUUUUUUUAAGCCUCCAUUGUUUUUUUUCCCUCUCUUCUCAAUGUUGUUCGAAAUUUGCAUUGUUUUUUUUUUCGUUUUUCCUCAGUUAAAGUGUGAUUGUAUUGUGUAUUAUUGAUUGGUUUAUAAUGUUAGAGAAAUAAAUAAAAGAAGAAUAUACUAAGUUUGAUAUUGAUAAAGAAA